AUGUCAAUGGACGGCGACCUCAUCGCCAUCGUCAACCGCCUACAGGACACAUUCAACCAUAUCGGCGGUGACGCGCUCGACCUCCCUCAGAUCGUCGUCGUCGGUUCUCAGUCGUCAGGCAAGUCGUCCGUGCUCGAGACCAUUGUCGGCCGGGAUUUCCUCCCGCGGGGACAAGGGAUCGUUACUCGUCGUCCGCUCGUCUUGCAGCUUAUCCACACCCCUGCUUCUGGCGCUGUCCCCUCGAAUGGGAAUGCGGACGGCUACCUCCCUAAUUUCGACGCCAAGGACCCCGCCGCUGGCGCUGGGAUCAUGCGCCCAGGCGGGAGUCGUAUGGGCGGCGGUAUGGGCAGUGGAGGUGCAGAGUAUGCAGAGUUUUUGCAUCUGAAUAGGAGGUUUACCGACUUUGAGGAGAUAAGGAAGGAGAUUGAGGCGGAGACGUAUCGUGUGGCGGGACAGAACAAGGGCGUAUCGAAAUUACCGAUCAACCUGAAGAUCUACGGUCCGGGGGUGCUCAAUUUGACAUUGGUGGAUCUGCCGGGAUUGACCAAGGUGCCUGUAGGGGACCAGCCGACCGAUAUUGAGCGGCAGAUUAAGAGUCUCGUUUUGGAUUAUAUCUCAAAGCCCAACUCCGUCAUCCUUGCCGUCUCCCCCGCCAACGUCGACCUCGCCAAUUCCGACUCACUCAAGCUCGCCCGGUCCGUCGACCCGCGCGGGUUGCGGACAUUGGGCGUCCUGACAAAACUCGACCUCAUGGACGCGGGCACGAACGCGCUCGAUAUCCUCACUGGCCGGACGUACCCCCUCAAGCUCGGCUUUGUCGGCGUCGUCAAUCGCAGUCAGCAGGAUAUCAUGUCGGAUGUCCCGAUGGAGGAUGCGCGCCGGAAAGAGGAGGAGUUCUUUAAGGGCCACCCGGUCUACAGGAAUCUGGCGCAUCGGUGUGGGACCAAAUUUUUGGCCAAGACGUUGAAUGGGGUGCUUAUGGCUCACAUCCGGGAAAAAUUGCCGGAUAUGAAGGCGAGGCUGAAUACGUUGAUGGGCCAGACGCAGCAGGAGUUGAAUGCGUUCGGGGACGCCACAUUCCUUGGCGAACAACACCGGGGCUCCCUCAUUCUCAAACUCAUGACUGAAUUCUCCAAAGACUUUGUCUCAUCAAUAGACGGCACCUCCCUCGAGAUAUCCACCAAAGAGCUAUCUGGCGGCGCGCGCAUCUACUACAUUUUCAACGACGUCUUUGGGCACGCCCUCACGUGUAUCGACCCGGCCCACAACUUGUCGCUAGGCGAUAUCCGGACGGCCAUUCGGAACUCGACGGGACCGCGCCCGAGCCUGUUUGUCCCCGAGGUGGCGUUUGAUUUGCUGGUCAAGCCUCAAAUCAAGUUGUUGGAGGGGCCGAGUUUGAGGUGUGUCGAGUUGGUUUAUGAGGAGUUGAUGAAGAUCUGUCAUAAUUGUACUAGCCCGGAAUUGCAGCGAUUCCCUAGGCUAUUGACGCAGCUAGUAGAGGUUGUCUCGGAGCUGUUGAGAGAGCGCCUCGGCCCGACGUCCGAGUACGUUUCGAGCUUGAUUGGGAUCCAGGCGGCGUAUAUCAAUACCAACCACCCGGACUUCCAAGCUGGUUCGGCGGCGAUCGCUAGGGCUGGACCUGCGCCUCAGGUCGCGCAAAAGGAACCGUCCCGGGCUUCAUCGCAAGACGACGAGGACGAGGAAUCCGGCUCCGAGCCCGAAACCCGACCGACCAAUUCCAAUCUCAAUGGUCCCCCUCAAGCCGCACACCACCCGCGCGCGGCAUCCACGUCGAUCCCCGACGCUCGUCGACCCAACAAGCUCUCGGGUCCUGGAUCGACCGACGAAAAGACCGGUGCGUCCGGAACCCUCGGUAAAUCCAGUCGGCGACAUCAACGCACAGCCUCCGGAUCUACCUCGACACCUAGCCACCUCCUUGCGCCGCAACCGCACACGGCCGCUUCGCUCGUCGGAGGCGGAUCGCCACAUACUGCCAAGGAGACGUUCUUGAAUUAUUUCUUUGGGGGCCCGGGUGGGGGUGGGCAGGGCGGAGAAGGGGGGAUGCAGCAGAUGCGGCAAGGUCAGGGCCAGGGGCAGGGGCAUGAUGGCCGGCAGAGCCAAGGCCAGAGCCAGGGGCAGAUGCAGAUGGAUAUAUUGCCUGAUUUGGGCAGUAGAAGGGGGACGAUGAGUCGCGCGAGUGGGCUGGAGAGCUCUGGGGCAUACGAUAUGCGGAGUUUGGGGAAGCAUAUCGAUUUGUCACCCGCGGACCACCCAUUCCAGCUCAGCCCGAGGGAAGAGAUGGAGACCACCCUCAUUCGUAGCCUUAUCGCCAGUUAUUUCAAUAUCACCCGCCAGACGAUCCAGGAUCUGGUACCCAAGGCAAUCAUGCACCUCCUGGUCAACUUUAGCCGAGAAUCGAUCCAACAACGCCUCGUCACGUCCCUGUACAAGCCGGACCUGUUCGCCGAGCUGCUGUUUGAGGACGAGGCACUGGUGGCGGAGCGGACGAGGGUCAAGAGUUUGUUGGAUGCGUACAAGGAGGCGUUCAAGAUCUUGAGUGAGGUCAGCUUGAAGGGGACGUAG